AAAAACGAUUGACUGAAUUGGAUUCAUUUGCAAAACUUAAGUGCAAGCAUCAUCAUUCACUACGACGACGCAAGGGCGAUUGCUGUUAAUCAAACUGGAAAGAAGCAAAGGCAUAUCUAUAUUUUAUAAAUAAUAAAAAAAAAACCAAGUGAACAGUAUUAAUUUGCGAGUGUUUGUUAAUGAAUUGAAGAAACAAAAACGACUUUUACAAGAAAAGAAAAAAAUCAUUCAACAAAAAAAAUUGUAUGGUGAAAAAAGUCCUGAGAGCUUAGUGUCAAGUUGAAAAAAAUAAACUGAGAGGAGAGAGUAAAAGGCAAGCGAAGUGUCAAAUGAAAAUUUGAGUGAACAGUGUGAUAAAAAGGAAAACAUACGUCACUUUGAAACCCUGUUUAUUUGACACGGGCAACCAACCAACCACAUACACAAAGUCCUUCCCAUAAAUCCUUGAUUCCUUCAAAAAUAAAAACCAAAAAUGGAUUUUAAUUUCGGUGAUUUGAAAAAGGAAACCAACUCUGCCGUUGAGAACAUUUUUGACCGUGCUGACGAUGCCAAGAAACACGCCCAGGAUAUGUUGGGCAGCAUCGAUGACGUUCUAGGAGGUGGUGGUGUUGAAAAAACUGACAAUGUUAAAUCGGACGGUGUGGUAGAUCCCUUGGACCCCCAAGCUUUUGUACAACGUAUGUCAGCUGGAGCCAAGGAAGCCCAAGAAGAACUGGAUGCCAAAUUCUCAAAGAACACCAAUGAUUUGGAAGAUUUCCUAGGCCAGACCACAAACAGUGUAAAACAAGGUGUGGCUUCGUUGACCAAUGAUUUCAUGAAUGCCGAGCGAGGUUUUAAGGACAGUGCUGGAGAUGCUGCCAAGGAAAUCGAGAAGAAGGCCGCCCAGGCUGUGGAUGAUAUAUUUGGCCACUUUGGUGGCGGUGAUAACAACUUCAAGCCUACAGCCCCUGUUGAGGGUGUAGCCACAAGUGCAAAUAACCAAUUUACCGACUUUGACGACGAUGAGGAUGAACCGGCUGCCAUGACAACCUUUGGCAAAACAGCUGCAACAGGCAUUGCGGCUAGCAACAAGGAUUCUGACAAUGAUUCACCUUCCAUUUCUUACAAUCCAUCUCCAGCCAAAAAGUUACCAUCUGAUGCCCUCAAGGAGCAAGACAAUGAGAAGUUUAUUUCGAGUGAAGAUCUUUUGGGCGAUUUCAAGGAUGAACGCACCGCAACACCAGAUUCUCAGGCUUCCGCCAAUAACUAUUCAGCACCAUUGGCCAAAUUGCAAGAACCCAAAACGACAGAUUUGGAUGCCGAUGAUUUUGAUGAUGACUUUGUUCAGGCUGAAAUUCCAAAACCAGCAGAAGAGAAAUUCGUUCAACCUUCAGCACCAGUUGUUGAACCGGCACCAGUACCAGCAGCAGCACCAGCGGUGGCUAAACCAGUUCCUGUUCCAGUGGAACCGGUAAAAGAACAGCCAGCCCCUGUGCCAGAAGCUAAAAAGGAGGCACCAGUUCCAAGUGCACCGGCACCAACUGCCCCCACUACGACUGCUCCUACUCCAGUAGUUACGAAACAAUCCUCGGCACCCAAGCCAACAACAUCGAAGACGGCACAACAACAGCAGCCAAGUAUUGUAUCGGUUGAGGAUAUUUUCUAUAAAUAUGGUUUGGACGCUUGGUUUAAGCCGGAGCGCUUACAUCCACGAGGUAAGUGUAUUAAUGUCUUAUUGGUGUUGUUGUUAUUGACGUCCAUGUCUAAUGUACACGCCUAUAUGUCUACAUACAUACACGAACAUGCAUAAAAUAUUAGCAGAUGA